ACCCGGCCUUCACCGCUGUGGCUUUAUGCCUGCCCGCUGCUGCUGAAGAAGAGGGCAAAAGUUUGCCGCGGAGGGGAGAGUCCUUCUCCUCCCUCUUCCCUUCCCCUUGGAGAAGGCGAAUGCGUCGCUUUCGGAGCUGAUUUGGUAGGAACGAUGACCGAGCGAGGAUGUGCACCAGCAGUCAGAUCAUCGGAGGCCUCCUGGUGCUCUCCGUGCUGGAGAUAGGGCUGGGGGUCUCCAGCGUGGCCGUGGGGGCGGUCAGCUUCAGCCUGGCUCUUUCCGAGCGUGCGCCUCAGCUGGGAGACUCUUCUCCGGUAUGGAGCGGGGUGUGUUUUCUGCUUUGUGGAGCAUGUGGAAUACUGUGUGCCAAAAAAAAAUCAGGACUUGUCAUGAUACUUUUCUCAGCCUGCUGUAUCUGUGGACUAAUUGGAGGAAUAUUAAAUUUUCAGUUCCUUCGGGCUCUGACAAAGAAAUCCUCAGCUCUCUAUCCUCUGCAUGUCACCUCCAUGUCCCUGGCCUGCAUCGGCAUUAGUGGCUGCACUCUGUCCUCGUGGCUGACUUGCCGGCUAGCCAGCUACGAGCAAAGAAGAAUGUUUUCAGAAAGAGAGCACUCGCUGCAUCACUCCCACGAAAUGGGCGAGAAGAGAUUGAGGGGUAUUGAAAUAACCGACCUGCCCAGCUGCCCAGUGGUACCCCCGACACCAGAGUUACCUUCAAGCAGACAGGUAUCUACAUCACCGCAUCCUCACCUCAACCGACAUUAUCUGGUGCCCUUCCUGGAAAUCCCAGCAGAGACCAAGGAAAUGACAGAUAACAUGUGUAAUGGAGGCCCACACCUAAUUUAUAAUGGAAGAGCCUACUGAACGGUUUACAGUUUUCAAGAAGAACAACUACUUUCAGGAUUUUCUUUAAGAGGCAAAGAUGUAGAUGGCAGCGACUUUUGAGAGAAGGCACUGGAAACAUGGCGGCUUUUUAUUUGCAAUAAGUUCACAGCUGAAAACAACAACAGCACAGUGGCAUCUCCUUGCAGAGAUUCGUCUUGAUUUUCUCUCCCGUUAUUUGAAAAUAUUUUACUGCAUAUUUUGACGAUACACAGUAGUGAUAACGUCCUUAAUGUUUUCUUCUUCUUCUUUUGUCUGAAUGGUUUUUUGGAUGGCUGUGAUCAUAUUUUAAAAUGAAUUUUUCAGACUUUUACUCGGGCUCGCCUUAUGACGAUUUUCUGAAAUUAAAACUAAAACACAAGAAUCCACAGGCGUGAAAAUGGAGAGCGUUUAAACAAUGGAUUGCACAAUGGCAGGAAUGGAAAUGAGACUUGAAAGGCUCGCCUUUCCUAUGCAGAGCCUAAUGAAUGAAUUAUGAGCAUGCUGCAACAACACGGAUGUCUUUGUUUUGAAAGACAGAAUGCUUUAAGGAUGCCAUAAGUCAAAACCUGAACAAUGCCUUGCUGUAAAGAAACUGUAAAUAUUUCCAAUUUGUGAGGUAUAUUUCAUAAUUUGUUCAUACAAGAUGUCAAAUAAAAAGAAACCUAAAAGUGUGA